AUGUCGGCUCUGGACGAGCCCGUCGAAACCCUCAUGCGAGGAUUAUGUCUGGAAUAUGAAAAUUCGCCAGUAGUUGAAAAGGCAAUUCAAUUACUUCAACGGGUUAAUGCCAUGUGUCCGGGAAAUAGAAUAAAACACGGUGCGACUUGUAAACCUCUCAUAUGCAUACAAAUUGCCUGCGAACUAUAUGGGAUUGCGAUUAAUCAGAAAAAUGUUUUGAAAUUGGCUCAUACGACAAAAGCCAAUUACUUGUCUGCUUUGGAUUACGUAAAGUCUAUUCUAAAUGUCGAGUCAAAGACGAUUACAUUUCAGGCUCUUGGUGUACAGUGGGGAUGCCAAAUGAUUACGCCACAUGCUGAAAUGGUGUUUGAGCAAUUUAAGAAGGAAUGGGAUAGCAAGUUAACUGCUGCAGAGAGAUGCACAAUUGACUGGGGCAAGGACGUGUAUAAAACUGCAACAUUCUGGUUGUGUUGCAAAGCUAUCGGUGUGCAAUUAAACAAACGGAAACUUAUAGAAUCGAGCGGGUUCAAGACGACGCUGAGAGAUUUGAAUAAGCACAUAAAACUUGUAGAAGAAGCGACCAAACCACUUUUGGCAGAAUUGGCUGCUCGUAAGCAUGAUGGACGAAAGAGAAAGAACGAUACUAUCGAUGACGAUGAUAAUAGCGAAGAUAAGAAUGCGUCAAAAAGGACAAAACACGAAGACGUGAGAAAGUCUGAACCAGUAUCUGGAAUAUGCGAUAUGCUUGGCACGACGUGUUACAGACGAUCUCGCAAAUACACUGAUUAUAUCAAAUGGCGAGAUUAUAUUCUUGGGUUAGCUGAAACAAAUGUGGCCUUGUGA